CUCAGACGCGUCUGCUUCUAUAGCAACGCAGCGGGAAUCAUGGGAAUUGCGUUCACAGUUUGGAAAACCGGAAGUGGAGGGAGAUUCGAAAAACAGCGGAAUAAACAGACGCGGAAUGUGUUUAUCAAAGUCAUGGCAUGAUGCUGAAUGCUGUAGGAUACAGGCCGUCUGGACGUCCUCUGAAACUCACCAUCAGUGCCAAGAAUGGAAGUGAAGUUGGAGGUUUUGUUGUCGUCCAGCAUCAAGCGCAGGAAGCCAUGGCCCAGAUUCUGCUGGCUGGGCAGGGAGAAGGAGGGCGUUUUUCUGUUAGAUGACAAUCGGAUCAGCGAAAUACAUUUGGUUUCGGGACGGACCAAAAAAAAGAUCCCAAAACUUCAGCCGCUGCUGCAGAGAGUGCUGACCAUGUCAGCGUCUCAGAAUGGCAUGUGGCUGGUGGGUCUUCUAGUCUCUGGAGAACUAUUCCUGUGGAAUAAAGACAAGGAUUUGUUAAAAACAGUCUCUGCCGUUCCUGCGGUUCAUCAGCUGGUUUCUUCCAUCAAAGGUUCAUCGACUACAAUUCGUCUUUCUCUGCUGGUUUCGGAGAAUGCACAGAGAGUGUUCCUGGCCGCUCUCACAGGACAGGUGUUCCUCUGGGAAUGUACUUCACCUCAGGAUCUGAGCGGGCCACGGGACGCCACCAUAUCAGGACGCUGGAGUCAGAUAUCACGCCAAGAAAACAUCCAGCUGCCCUCCACGAAAGACAAAGAGGCUUCCAUCCAUAGUUUGUUUGUAAAGAACCAGGCAGUCGGUGACGUGUGUCUGAGCACAUUUGUCUUCACUGCUGAAGCGCAGCUCAUCGUCACCUUACUGAAGAUCCAGUGGGACUCGACGUGGGACAACAAACUCAGUUCAGUGGGUUUCAGUGUUCGCUGGAUCUCUAAGUCUUACCCGCUCAACCAGCUCUUGCCUCCAUGUAAACCGGUGAAGUCCAGAGGCGCUCUAGUCCCUGCCUUCUCCCCAGACGGUCGACUACUCGCCAUCGUCCUUAACCAGAAAGACCCGCAGGCGACGCAGGUGUUGUUCAUCAGCACUCAGAACUUUGUGACCGUGUCCAGCCGGUUAGGAGGAUGUGGCAUUAAAACACUUAAUAUACCAGCAAAAUAUGUCAGGUCGUACUGGGCCGGUUCUGUGAGCUGGACUCCAGAAGGUCUUUAUUUGGCCUGUGUGCUGAAGAGAGGCUCUCUGCUCAUGCUGGCGCGUCUGGGUGGACUCGUCUCUCUGUCCACAACAGGAUGCAACAUUGAGUUUGGUGCCGCCCACUUCCUGCCUCUUCACCCGCUGGUCACCUACAGACCUCCAGUGCCUUUGCCGACUCAAGACGGCAGCGUCUCCAGCUCCAGCGUGUCGCUCCGUGAUCCCAUGAGGCAGCGCUACUCGGUCACAUGGCAUCCUCGCCAGCCCUUCCUCAUCGUGUCUGACGGCUACAUGGUGACUGUGCUCAGGAUGAGCGAACGGCCGUCCGCUGCCGCCAUCAUGAGCGCCGCCCUGCUGGACGCUGCUCAGGGACUGGAGGACGUACGGAAGGCCCUGGGCUCAUCUCAGCCUCAGUUCAGGUCCAGGCUGGAGUCCAUGUCCACGCUGAUGUUCACAGGAAGUCUACUGGCUCUUAAAGAGAAAGAAACACCGCUGUCUGCUCUACCUCUGUACCUGCAGGAUACAGGAGACCUCACACAAUAUACUGAGAGAACUCAGGAUGAGGAAGACCACGAUUCUGACGAAGCUCCGUACACCUGCUCACGCAUGGAAGACGGAGGCAAGCUGGAGUUUGCGUCUAUGUUUGAUACUCUUCACGCUCAGACACAAACGCGUCCAGAGCCGUCGUCCUCGGGUGUGCAGGAGGAUCUGAGCAGGGUUCACAGGAACCUCACGAGAGCCUGGGCUCUGGGCGUUUCUCUGGGCGGCUCCAUGGAGCAGAGAGAGCGUCUCCUCAAAUACACCGUCCUCUGCGUCGCUCGCCUCAUAAACCUUCUCCGGGUCAGAGACUCAGCCGGCAGAAAGAGCAGAGGCACGUGGGUCACUCAUGCCCUUCACACCCUCAGGACGCUGCUGUCCUUCUUGCCGUGGGACGCCACACGCACCGCAGGUCGCGGCUGUCUGGGUAUCGCCGUAGAGCUCGCCAGAUGUUUUGUGGACAUCUUCCUCCCACUUUCGUCAGCAGAUGUAGCACUUUCCUCCCAGAACUUCAAUGCAGCACUCGUCGUCCUUCAGCAAGCGUCUCGCAGUGUGGAUCGCACCUACAGCCUCCCGCCUAGAGCAUUGCAUCAUGGGGAGGAUAGCCAGCUAAUAUAUUCCUCUGACAUGUUUUCUGUCCCACUGUUACAAGAAGAUGCUGAUGCUGAGACAGGAGCACAAUCAGCACCUUCUAAUAGAUUGGUGGUCAUUUGGCGUGAGGUGUACAGAAAGGCAUUGUGGUACCGGGAGGAGUUACGUCACCGCAAGGGCGUAAAAAAUGAGCUGGAGAAGAUAUCACUUAUUAUACCUCAAAUCCAGCAAGCUUUACAGUCAUCUGGAGAACGUCUUGAGGAGAGCCACACUCUGCGUAGUUUCAGUGGUGAACAGCACUUUAUUUCAGGAGAAUAUACAGAGUGUGUUCAGGUUUGGAGGGCUGAACUGAGGGCAGAGAGACAGAGAGCAGGUCCAAUGACGUGUUACCUGGAGACACGCUGCCGUCUGGCUCUUCUCUACGCGCUGCUCUUCCAGUAUCGACUGCGAGAGGCUCAAGGUCUGUGUGACCGUCUGGCACGUCAGUUACAGACUCAUGCAGGACGACAGCAAGAGGAAACAGCAGAUGAGCUGGUGUUUGAGGGUCCGGUGGGAAGUGAAGCGGCCUGUGCUGUGGUUCAGUCUCUGGGCAGGUUUAUGGCUGCAUACUUCACCAACCAGCCGCUCUGCAUACUUCCUCCACACAAUGUGGACGUGCUGCCACCUCUUCACUUACCACAUGAUGGUGGUGGACGUGUGGUAGAGUUGUGUCAGACUCGUGUGUCGCUGUCGGUGCGCUCCGAGCAGCUCUCGGCGGUGUGGACGGUGGAUUACGCUCUGGAGCUCCUCCUGCUGGGUGGCCUGAUACCCGAGGCCGCGUGGAUGGCACUGCGUCUGGGCGACUGGAAGAUGGCGGCCACCCUCGGCCUGGCCUACACCAACUAUUGCAGUGCACAUUUAGACAUGAGCAGCCUGCGGUGGAGAGAGCUGCACCUUCCCACUGAGCUGAAGCCUGCAGUGAUAUUCCAGGAUCAGCUGGAGAUGUUACUGGGCCGAAUGGUUGGGUCUGAAGGAGAUGCUAACACAGGCACAGUGGGUGUUGAGGACGUGGAUCUGGUUCAGAUGUCUGUGCAGGAGAUUCUGAAGGCGUCUGUCAUGGCAGAGGUGGAUGUCAUCUCUCAGCCUCUCACACGGCUGCUGGACGCAGCCAAAGAGCGUGCGGCAUCACUUCCUGCUCUGAUUCCUGCUGCGUUCUACCUGCCUGCUCCUCCUCUGUACUGUCCACAACCUUCACCGAACACACAGGACUCUGUGAGAGAUGCAGCUCUGGUUUUGGAAAGGGAGUCUCGCUGUCAGGUUUCUGGGCUGGUUCAAAAGGUUCUGAUGCUCUUCAGGGCAGCGCACAGCUCUCGACCCGCGGCGCAGUGGUACAUCAGCAGCCUGCAUCGCUGCAGACACUUACUGCAAAAGAUCAAGAAGAAAUCAUCUGAAACCAAAGACGAAUUUAUUCCUGAUGGACUGAAGAAAUUCUCCACUCAUCACGGGUUCUUCCAAUCAGGGCCCAGCAAAGACAUGGACAGCGUCACUACGCAAAUCAUAAUAUGUUUCCGUGAGUUGUGUGCUCUUUGCUGGAUGCUCCAUGUGAGGGACCAGCUCAGCAUUUCCUGUAGAAGGUACCAGGCUGCAAGGCAAUGGGAGAAAGACACCCAGGUCAGUGACACAAGUGUGUCAGGUCUGUGCGUAGAGGCUCUCUGUUGGGUGUGCCGUCUCCUGCCGUUCAGCCGUUUCCUGAAUGCAGAGGAAACCUUGCAGGACUUAGUGCUCAGCCUGGUGUCUGAACUGCCACCCAGUCGUGUGACAGCAGAAACUCUAGCCAGAGUGUUUCCUGAUGAGGCCGAGUCUGUUCGUGUGCCUCUGCGGGAGAAGUAUCAGUCACUGGUGCAGAGACUGAGACCUGUGAUAGUGCCAGACACCUCGAUAACAGAUGUGCCACCAGGAAGCGAGAGGGAAGAUGAGGGCAACGAUACCAUGAUGAUUCUGAUCCAGGAUCAGCUGAGGCAGCAACGCCGGGAGCUUCGGCGCCUGACAAAGUACCUUGGAGUACCAGAGCCGUACCUGUGGGAGAGGGAGGAGGAGGAGGACAGGGGAGGUGCUGCCUCCAUACUGAAGCGCCUUUCUCUGGGUACUAGUUUGAGUGACAGCACGCUGACGGACUGUGGGCGCCCCCUAGUGUACAGUGAAGGAGACACGGCAGAGACGCUGUCAGAGCCUCUUUCCCCAGAGCUGCAGACCAAAUCUGCACACAGCUCUAAGAUAGCAAAGUUUCUAGAUGCACCAGUGAAAUCAACACAAGACAGAAAAGAAGAUAAAAGAUCCUGCUCAGUGGAACCCAAAGCACACGAGUCGACCGUACCCACAGUGGGAACCUGGGAGUUUGAGCUGGAGGAUGAGGAGUACAUGCUCUUCCUAGAUUUAUUCCUCAGCUACAUGCUGGGAAAAGACAGACUGGAUGCAGAGGAGUCUGAACUGCCUUUACUGAGUAGCUUCUCACAACAGCUCCAUACUAGAGAGCUGCACUCAGCGACCUUUGACAUGCUGACCACUCUCAAACGGCGUCAGAAGGAUCGUAAACAUUGCACACAAUUACCAUUCUUUUAUGCCGGUCACUGCUUCCGAACUCUCCCGGUUACACCUGAACCUCCGGCGUCUGUCAAUCCGGUUCUGUCCGACACGCAUGCCGCCACAUCCCCUUGGGCUCUUCCUGCACUCCGUACUGGGAAAAAACAAGGUCUUUUCAGCCUUCGUCAAAACGCUAUGUUAAAGUCCAAAGAUGUUAAAGUGAAUUCAGUUGGCUCAGACGGCGAGUCCACGUCCUUUAGGAUCCUCCCGCAGGCUGAAUUAGAUGUUCAGAUGGAGCUGGACUCCUCGCUCGAGGCCCGGUUUCCUCAGCUGGCCCGGCUGCUGGAGUGGAUGAUGCGCUGGGCCGACAGACGGGUUCUGCUCUCUCAGCCGAUCAGAAAGACACCAGAGGGCACCAGUGAUUCGGUGGUCAUCAGGGUCAAAGCCUCGACCCCUGCAGUGCUGACAGCGCUGGAGCUGCUAGAGAGGCGGUACAGCGCCGCCCUGCUGGGAGAAAACUCAGAUCACUCCCAUAUUGAGCCGCUCCAUCAGAGGGAGGAGUCUGUCGCUCAGCCAAUCACAGGCUGGAGGCGGGACAGAGAAAGCAGCGUGGACACGGGUUACCCGGGGUCAGCAGGGACGCCCAUCACGCUCCCCGAGCUGGACGUCCAACACGGCCAGAGCCACGAUGUGGAUGACGCUGAGGAUGUUGUGGAUCAAACAGACGAUCAGCUGUCUGAACAUGAGGACACAAUGAUCUCUGAUGAAGAGCAGAACAUCACUGAGAUCAGAGAGAUCAGACAGACAUCUGACGCUGAAGACGUUUUGUUUACAGAUGAGAGCAGCGCCGCUGAUGUCACCGAGGCAUCAUUGGCCAAUCAGAGCAGAGCUCACAGAGAUCAGGCAUUAACACUGGCUGAUCUUGAGUGUCCGGACACAGAUGAGCAUUCAUUACAAUCACAAUCAGAGGGAAAUCACGUCUGUGCGACGCUGGACCGCACGGCCUUGACGCGCAGACCUGAACUCUCGGCUUCAGCCGGUGUUCAGGAGACAGACGGAGCGUCAUUACCCAUGAGACCUGGCGCUGAUCCGCCUCACAGCGAACCCCAAAUGCACACAGACCCUGUCAGACAGCUGCUCCAGGACGAGCUGUUCAGACUAGUGCAGCUGCAGCAGAUCAACUUCAUGAGUCUCAUGCAGGUUGUUGGGGCGUCUUUCUCAAACCUGCCGCUGUCUCAAGCCAUGCUUCAGUCCAAUGCGGUUUUACCACAGACCACUGCCGUACCUGCACAGCAGCCGUCUCAGCCCGUCUCUCUUACCCAGAAUGCCCAACACGCUGUAUGUGACGAUACCAACCUCCCAAUACGAGCCACCGGACCGGAAAGGGUUAAUAGCAGUCAGGAUGAUGACAGACGUCCUGUGAAUGUGAAUUCUGGAUCUCAUAUGAAUCCAAAUAAUGAGACCGAACAGAGAAACCCAAUUCAGGAUCAGUUGAGCAUUCGCUCAGACUGGCUGGAGGACGGUCAAUCUCACGGCAGGCGUUUUAUCCCAACGUCACAGGGGCUUCUGACCACAGCCGAUAAUCGCUCGUCUCUGCCGGCGUCCUCCAGCGGCGUCUCUGAAACCCAGCCAAGAGCGGCUCCAUUAUCACACGGACUCAGACUCCUGCAGCUGCAUCCUCCUCCACCGCUUCUGCUCAGACCUCCUCCUGCUCCUGCACCUCCUGCACCUCCUGUCCAGCUUCCUGUGAGGGAGGCCUGGGGUCCAAACCUCACUUCAUCUUAUGGAAACGUCCUCCCUGAACCGUCAUCCGUCCGGAGAGCCGAGGAUGGAGGCCGAGCGGCAUCAGUGGCUCCUCCGUCACACCUUCAGACGGGCCGCUUUAACGCUCAGAUGAGUCGAGGAGCUCAGGAAGCUCUCCAUUUGCCUCCUGCUCCACACAGAUCAAUUUCUGCCGUCGCUCUUCCUCUGCUGCGCUUCCACCCUGAGACCCAGCGGCCCGUGACACUGCCGCACAUCCCACAAUCCACCACGGCAAAGCCGUCCAGUCUGGGCGUCACAGCCACGGGCCAGUAUCCCAAAAUUCAGCUGCUGCACAGAGAGCCGGAUCCACCCGCCGCUGUUCAGCGUUUCAGCGCAGCUCCUGUACGAACACCUCGUCUCAUCCCGCUGCAGGAGCUGUUGAGAUGGACCGCAGCGAGGCAGACGCGCCCUGAGACCAAACUACAGCUCUUAAAGACAGAGCCCGUCCCGGAGAACAAGAGCACAAGCAGCCCGUCUGUCAAGAGACGGAAGAGGAGAGAGGAGAAAGACAAGGGGGACAAGAUUGGAGUCACUUUCAGACCAGAGGACUCCAUCAUUCCUCCAGAUGAGCCUGCAGAAGACGUGCCAGAUCAGAAUGAUGGUUACACCUUUCCUUUAGGCUCAUUUGACUCGGAGUUGUCGGGACAGCGGUUGUUGGAUAAGGCUUACGUCACCUCGGCUGAGCUCCAUGCGUUCGCUUCCACGCAGAAGAGACCUCCUGAAAGCCAGGACGCCUGUACAAACACUGAAGCGGAACCGUCUCGCUCCAUCACAGAUAAAGCUGUUUUUGUACAGCUUCCUUCAUCUCCCAGCAUGCCGUCUGCUCCUGGAGGAGGACUAAUAGAUGUUGCACCUGUAGUUCCUCCAGACGUGUUCUUGAAUCUUCGCUACUCUAAAGAAAACUCAACAGAUCUGGAGAGCAGAAGCCCUGUAGAGUCGAAUGCGGAUCCUAAUCCAGAGGGCCGGCGGUUCAUCAACGUGAUCGAUCUGACAGACCACCUUCUGCUUCAGAAUCUGCCUCCGUCGCCGCCCUCAUCUGCUAAGCUCCACCUACUAGCAGCAUCUGUUGUAAACCCCGCCCACAAUCCUGAUUUAAUCUCCGCCCCCAACAACACUGAGUACUUCACUGACAGUCCCGCUGGAGAGAUUCCAGGUCCCUCAGUAGUGUGCGUGUCUCCUGAACCUGUUCUCGGUGGAGACCCUGUGACUCUGAGCGUACUGACGGGCAUUAGGACGUCUCCUCCUCGCAGUCUGGAGCGGAUGUUGAUGUCCAGGAGUCAGAUCUCGGCGCGGCUGUCGGAGAUGGACGCUCAGCUGCUCAGACUGCAGAGCAUCGCCGAUCACAUGGACCGAGAAUUCGCCAACACCAGACUGCUGGUGAACACUAUUGAGACGCUGAGUCCCCCAAAGACGGCCAGCGCGGAGAAGAAACCUCAGUCCAGCUCUCUCAGAGUGAUUCAAGAAGUGAGGAGUUACUGUCCCUCACCACAUCCGGUUGGAGUGACGGCCGAACCGGAGAGAGAAGACGAGGAGGUUUUGUCGUCUUCUAUAGUGACACGAAGUUCAGUCCAUCGUGAGCGCUUUCCAGCGACAGUGAAACCGGAGCAGCAGGAGCGAGAUACCGAUCUUGAUUUGACAGAGUCUUUGCUUGAGAAUCCUGAGAGGCCGGCGGAGGAGACGCUCGGUGUGAGCGGCCUCAGUGACGUCAAGGACAUUUUGUGCGAGUUAAUCAGGGACGGCGCUUUGUCCCGAUCAGCGCUGGAUCUGUCCCGAUCAGGAACGCUUCAUCUGAGCAGGUCAGAGGUCAAGCCGAGCGGAGCCAUGAUGGAGGAGGAGCGCAGGGAUCUGAGGAUGUGGAUGAGGAGGAAACAGAGAGAACGACUGACAGAAUACAGAAAACAGAGAGAAGAGAAGAGAGAGAGAGAGCGCAGACCCUUCAUCUCUCCGCUUAAACACAAUCCAACAUCUGUAGAUCUGGCAACCAGCAAGAGAACCAAAGAAGAACGAGACAGGCUGGUUCUUCAGGAGCAUCAUGAGCAGAGAGCACGUGACGCCUGCAGUCUGAUCACUGACCUGCUCACCACACCGCUGACCCCGCCCACAAAACCACACCAGACCCUCAGGAGCACCAGUCAGUCCUCCGGGACGAAUAAGAGGAUUCCCAGGAGUCAUAGUGGACCACACGGACGCCCGGCCACGUCUUCUCUGGGAAAGACCGUCGUGCUCCAGAGGAAAUCUGCAGCGAAUGCACACGCUUCAUUGAGCGGCAGACUCGGCCUGCACAGACCAGCCAGCGCUCUUCCAGGCGAUCGGUUAUCCCAGGUUACCCGCCGUGGGAUGCUGUCUGACCCGAAAUCUAGACAAGAGACCAAGACUCUUCAUCAGAGGAAAAAUGGAUUCCUCUCGUCAACAGCAAAACAGAGAGCAGUAAAAGAGAAAGAUCAGGCAAAUGAGAGAGAUGCGGUGAGUCUGUGGAGUCCAGAUGAAGAGGCCCAACACAUCAGACGGGGCUUUGAGAAGCUCGAUGACGAGUUCACAGAUGCGGAUCUUCUGCGUGAUCUGGAUCUGGACGCUCUCUCUCAAAGCACCGGCAGCGUCCUGAGCAAACUGGACUGGGCCGCCAUCGAGAGGAUCGUAGCCGAUGAGGAGGAGGAGCAGCAGUGAAGAUGUUUUCCACAAGCAGCCAGAUGUUGUGCAGCUGCAGCUGUUGACUGUGAAUGAUUGUGGUAUUUGUGUAUGUGUAUCAUUUGUGUCUUGACUGUUUGAGUAAGUUGUCGGCACAGAUUUGUGCAGAAUAAACACGAUUCGCUGGCAGGUGCGUGCUGUCGUUGGUUCGCUUCCACGUGGAUUCAUUUCAGAUCGCAGAGCCUUCCAGAAACGAUUUGACCAGCCUUCAGAUGUCUUUACCAUUUAUUUUCUAUGUCAUUUUGAAUUUCUAAGAAUUGUUUACUGAGAAUCCUUUAAUAAAAUGUUCCUUAGGCACUUGAA